AUGUCUCGGCCAAAUCAGAAAACUCGUUUACCAAAUAAAUCGAUAACUCGUCCAAGCGUUUCCGGUAACAUAACAAAAGCUUCCGGAGAAUUAACAAAUCAACAAUCAGUUAAAUGUACAAAAGAUGAUAUUAAAUAUUGGAAAAAUAGAGAACAAGAAUUAUUGGCUAAAAUAUCAGAUUUAGAAAAUUUAGUUGCUAAUAAUAAAGAAACGAUUAUGGGAAAAGAAAAACCGGAAAUGGAUUCAUCGACGACUACAACGACGACGACGACGGGUGUCGGUGGAAAGGGUAAGGAAAACGAUGAAAAGGAUAAGGGUAAAGAAAAAGAAAAUUACAAGAAUAAAAUUCAAACGAUUGAAAAAGAAAUAUUAAAUAAGCAAAAAGAAUUAACGACGGAAACAAAUUAUAAAAAUUUUAAAAGUUCCGAAGAAGUUGCUAAUUAUUUAAAAAUACAAAAUGAAGAUUUGAGAAAUGCUUUGGCUAAAAUGACGACCAUACUAAGAGAUAAAACUACCAUGUGCAUAAGUCAAGAGAAAAAAAUUGCCGCUUUGGUUAAUCAAGUUGAAUCGUUGAAAGAAGUUGUCGCCAUAACAAAAGAUCUACUAAAUAUAAGAAACAUGGAAGUUCAACAUUUAUCAAACGACAUAACAGCCAUGGAAACUAAAAUCGAUUGCGAAAGGCAAAGACACAAUCAGAUGCUCGUCAAAAUGGACGAAGCCGUGAAAUUAAAUAGCGAUUUAAAAAAAGAAUAUGAAAAUCAAUUGAAAUUAUUUCAACAUUUACGUGAAAGCUAUGAGAAAAAAAUGGUUUUCUUAUCACGUGAUCAAUUAAACGGUAAAAAUGAUAAUAAUACCCAAAUUGAAAAAGGUAUUGUCAAUUCUAAUUCUGAUUCACAAGUACAAAGUUUGACGCUUUAG